CAUAGUUUCCAGAAAGCUAUUCUCCACCUUUUGGCCCACUAUGUGGCCCAAUAUUAGUGCUGUCCCCUUUUUGCUGACUGGCUUCCCAGGCCUGGAGUCAGCUCAUCACUGGAUCUCCAUCCCCUUCUUUGCAGUCUACUUCUCUGUGCUUCUUGGCAAUGGCACCCUCCUUUACCUCAUUAAGGAUGACCACAGACUCCAUGAGCCCAUGUACUAUUUCCUGGCCAUGCUGGCAGGCACAGAUCUUUUGGUGACACUGACCACAAUGCCUACUGUCAUCGGCGUUUUAUGGUUGAAUCACAGGGAGAUCAAUCAGGGGGCCUGCUUUCUGCAGGCCUACUUUAUUCACUCCCUUUCCAUUGUAGAAUCAGAUAUCCUGCUUGCCAUGGCCUAUGACCGUUUUAUUGCUAUCCGCAAUCCCUUGAGAUACACUUCCAUUCUCACCAAUAUUCGCCUGGUAAAAUUAGUGGUGGGGGUAUUUAUGAGGGGCUUUAUAUCCAUUAUGCCUGUAAUCAUACAUCUUUUUUCAUUUCCAUAUUGCUACUCUCAUAUUCUCUCCCAUGCUUUCUGUCUUCACCAAGAAAUCAUGAAACUGGCUUGUGCUGAUAUAACCUUCAAUAGACUCUACCCCGUGAUUCUGGUCUCUUUAACAAUCUUCCUAGACUCUCUUAUAAUUCCCUUUUCUUAUAUCCUAAUUCCUAAGACUGUCAUGGGCAUUGCCUCAGGUGAAGAGAGAGCCAAGGCCUUAAAUACCUGUAUCUCCCACAUUGUUUGUGUUCUCAUCUUCUAUGUUACUGUGAUCGGUCUGUCAUUUAUUCACCGGUUUGGGAAGAAUGUGCCACAGGUGGUCCACAUUAUUAUGAGCUAUGUUUACUUUCUCUUCCCUCCCUUAAUGAAUCCUCUCAUCUAUAGCAUCAAGACAAAGCAAAUUCAAUACGGCAUUCUACGUCUUUUGUUUAAACACUGGUUUGGAAAUUAAACUUCAAUGUGGAUACUUGUCCAUGAAAGAUGGUGGGUAUAUGAGAUUUCUCUGAAUAAAGGGCCAAAAAAUUUCACUGUGUCUCAAAACCCCUGCUGUGGCAGCUUCCACAUCUCUAAAUGAGACAAUGCCAUUUAUAAAGCUUUUAGAAGAGUAUCCUUGAAUUCACAGAUUUACCGUUAGUUCAGUUUAUGGGUUGAUUUAAUUCCCUUCAUUCUGUGUUUUGCUCUCCAAAUGUUAGAGGGCAGAAACA